AUGUCUUCCAAGACAGAGCCCAAUCAUCCACCUGAUAAGGUAUGCAAGCGUGUACGUACGGCCUGUGAUUGGUGUCGCUUGAAGAAAUGCAAGUGUGACGGUGCGAGUCCAUGUUCCACUUGCCGAGCCGGUGAUAAAAUCUGUGUCUUUGGCCAAAGAAAGGUUGCCCACAAUAGAGCACCAUAUCCAAAAGGAUAUGUCGAAAUGCUCGAACAGCAACAGGCCUGGCUGGUCCACGGCCUCCAGGAACUAUAUUGUCGCUCUAAAAAAGGCGAAGACUUGACAGGCGAUCGAUUGGAAUUACAACCAAAUGGUCACCCUCUCACCCAUGAUCUACUCACUCAUCUCGGUGCCCUUGAUCCCACCAAGGAUGAAACUUUUGAAGUUAAUCCCGGAAAUAUGCAGCAUAAACUCCGGCGACAUGCUAUGCAAUCCCAGGAAUCAAUCGACACAAGUUCAGAACCUUGGGAGGCUGUUGAAGACCAGAAAAUAGAUUCUGGUGACCGCGAGGAAAGACAGGCUCAGCAAUCGACGUGGAACCCGCCAUUUCGGGGCAUUAAGGAUCGCAAUGACAUGCAGAUACCCGGCCAUUUUCUUACUACACCCCUGUUACCCCACACCCAAUUACAGCCAUACUGGGAUAACACAUCUCAACCGGAAUAUCAUCAGACAUCUUCCCAGUGGAAGAACAGAUUAUGUGAAGGAAACCGUGACUUCAACCGCAAUAUAGGGAGUUUCUUAGGGCCGCUCUAUGUUCCUCCUUUUACAUUGGACAAUGAGAUACGCUCGGAUUCGCAAAAUACACUUAUCCGCAUUGGCAGUACGAUCAUCCCCCGAUCUCCUGAAGAUCAUGACUUGGAAGAAUUUCAACAUACUAGUGAUAGCUACGUCCACCACUACCCAGAAUAUCGGUGGAGCGAGAUUCUUUCACAAAGACUACAAGGGCAGUUUGGUCCUCCUUUAGACAAUACCUCACUAUACCAAAAUGACUCAAGCAUCGCCCCCUCGAUCUUAUCAACUGGUGUCGGUCAGUCCUCAGACCAGAGAUCUACUUAUAUUCAAAGGAACACAAGGCACAACAAAGAGCAAAGGCAAAAAUGA